UUUCCGCUCCUCCUAAGGAUAAAUGACAGAAGAUGUUUGUGUUGGUGUGGCAGUGCUAAGACGUCUGUAAACAUGUCUCUGAAUGGAGGCGGCCACAGAGGAUUUUAUUUUAACACCGUGCUGUCUUUGGCUCGCUCGUUGGCGGCUCACCGGCACGCGCCGAUAGAAAAGGUCCAGAAACUACAAUGCAUGUGUCCCGUGGACUUCAGAGGCGUCUUCCAGCUGGACGAGAGGAGGAGAGAUGCUGUCAUCGCACUCGGCAUCUUCCUAGUAGAGUCAGAGCUGCAGCACAAAGAUGCAAUCGUCCCCUACCUUCUCGGGCUGCUCAAAGGGCUCCCUAAAGUUCAGUGGAUUGAAGAAAGCUCAGAACGUAAAGGAAGAGAGACUCUUCCUGUUGCAGAGAACUUCAGCUUUUCUCUUGUCACACUGCUGUCAGAUGUCGCCCAGCGUGAUGAAACCCUACGACAACAAAUUCUGGAGACGGUUAUGGACAUCAUGCAGAUCCUGCAGGAUAUCUGCAAGAACCCGGAGUCCCAUGAUAAAGAAUACCUGUGCAGGUACACUGUGCCCACCCUGCUCGGCGUUGCUCGAGCAUUUGGACGAUACAGCAACACAGAUGAGCCGCUACUGUCCAAGCUGUUCCCUCGACCGGUCGCUCCUGUGCUGCCCUCUUCUGAAGAAAGCGACGUCGUGCACCGGCGCUCCUUCAAUGACUUCCGCUCCAUCCUGCCGAGCUCGCUACUCACCGUGUGUCAGGGAGACACGCUGAGACGUAAAGGCUCCUCUCUGUCCAGUGUGUCACAGCAGGCCAGUCCAGAGAGAGCCUGCCUGACCCCCAUCUCUCCUGCUGACCCCUCUGCUCAGUAUUUUGAAGGUUCAUACCUCCCUGAUGGCAGUGCAGUGGACCCUGAUUAUUACUUCUCCACCAUCAGCUCCAGCUUCUCUGUCUCCCCUCUGUUCACUGGGAGCAGCUCUGGAGAGUUCCAGGUCCCUCUGGAUACGCUCAGACAGCUUUUGCACAUGGUUGAGCAGUUUGUCUCUGUGUCGUUUUUAAAAUCUCUGGAUGAUUCUUUGGCCGAACUUUUAGAAUCAAAUCCUGGUCUUCAUCUGUACUACAAAACCUUCAGUGAUCCUCUCUAUGUGGCCAUUUUCAAAAUGCUACGAGACACCCUGUACAAUCUAAAAGACCUUCAGACAGACUACGUGAAGGAGGUUCAUGACUUUGUGCUGGAGCAGUUCAGCAGCAGUCAGUCGGAGCUGCAGAGGAUCCUGCACGACGUCGAGUAUCUUCAGAGUGAACUGAGCCCGCUCAAACUGCGCUGUCAGGCCAGCGCUGCCUGUGUGGACCUCAUGGUGUGGGCGGUGACUGAAGAGCAGGGAGCUGAAAAUCUUUGCACCAAACUGUCUGAGAGGCUUCAAUCCAAGACAUCCAGUAAAGUAAUCAUCGCUCACAUGCCCCUCCUCAUCUGCUGUUUACAGGGUUUGGGUCGUCUGUGUGAGCGCUUCCCUGUGGUGGCUCACUCCGUCACCAUGUCGCUCAGAGACUUCUUAGUGGUUCCUUCUCCUGUUCUGGUGAAGCUGUACAAAUACCACAGCCAGUACACUCCAGGUGGAGGCGGUGGUGAGAUAAAGAUCCAUGUGACCAAUGAACAUUCCCAGUCGACUCUCAGCACCAAUGCAAGCAAGAAGAGCCAGCCAUCCAUGUACGAACAGCUGAGGGACAUCUCUAUAGACAACAUCUGCAGGUGUCUGAAAGCUGGACUGACCAUGGAUAACGUCAUCGUCGAAGCUUUUCUAGCCAGUUUGUCCAACCGUCUCUACAUCUAUCAGGAGAAUGACAAGGAUGCUCACUUGAUCCCUGACCACACCAUCAGAGCACUGGGUCACAUCGCUGUGGCUCUGCGGGACACCCCCAGAGUGAUGGAGCCCAUCCUCCAGAUCCUACAGCAGAAGUUCUGUCAGCCUCCAUCGCAGCUCGACGUGCUCAUCAUCGACCAGCUCGGCUGCAUGGUCAUCACAGGAAAUCAAUACAUCUACCAGGAGGUGUGGAAUUUGUUCCAGCAGAUCAGCGUCAAAGCCAGCUCCAUGGUCUACUCCACAAAGGACUACAAAGACCACGGAUACAGACACUGCUCCUUGGCUGUGAUAAACGCUCUGGGAAAUAUCGCUGCCAACCUCCAGGCUGAGCAGAUGGUAGACGAGCUUCUGGUUAACCUGCUAGAGCUUUUUGUUCAGCUCGGCUUGGAGGGGAAGAGAGCCAGCGAGAGAGCGUCAGACAAAGGCCCAGCUCUGAAGGCAUCCAGCAGUGCUGGAAACCUUGGUGUCCUUAUCCCUGUUAUUGCAGUAUUAACGAAAAGGUUGCCACCAAUUAAGGAAGCGAAGCCACGUCUGCAGAAGCUCUUCAGAGACUUUUGGCUCUACUCUGUUGUCAUGGGGUUUGCAGUGGAGGGCUCAGGUUUGUGGCCGGAGGAAUGGUACGAGGGAGUUUGUGAGAUUGCGACCAAAUCACCGCUGCUUACAUUCCCCAGUGGGGAACCUUUACGCUCAGAGCUGCAGUACAACUCCGCUCUGAAGAACGACACCGUCACCCCGGCGGAGCUGAAUGAUCUCCGCAGCACCAUCAUCAACCUGUUGGACCCUCCCCCUGAAGUCGCUGCUCUCAUCAACAAACUUGACUUUGCCAUGUCAACAUAUUUACUGUCUGUUUACAGACUGGAAUACAUGAGGAUGCUGCGUUCUCUGGACUCGGAUCGUUUCCAGGUCAUGUUUCGGUACUUUGAAGACAGAGCAAUUCAGAAGGACAAAUCUGGCAUGAUGCAGUGUGUGAUUGCUGUGAGCGACAAAGUUUUUGAGGUCUUCCUGCAAAUGAUGGCUGAAAAACCUAAAACCAAAGCCCACGAGGAGGAGCUGGAACGGCAUGCUCAGUUCCUCUUGGUCAACUUCAACCACAUCCACAAGAGGAUCCGCAGAGUGGCUGACAAAUAUCUGUCCGGCUUAGCUGAAACUUUCCCUCACUUACUGUGGAGCGGUCGAGUGCUGAAGACCAUGUUGGACAUCCUGCAGACGCUCUCCCUCUCCCUCAGUGCAGACAUUCACAAAGACCAGCCUUAUUACGACAUCCCAGACACGCCAUACAGAAUCACUGUCCCAGAUACAUAUGAAGCCAGAGAGAGCAUAGUGAAGGAUUUUGCAGCACGUUGUGGUGAGAUUCUUAAAGAGGCGAUGAAGUGGGCACCGUCCGUGACCAAAUCCCAUCUGCAGGAGUAUUUAAACAAACAUCAGAACUGGGUGUCAGGUCUCUCCCAGCACACGGGUCUGGCCAUGGCCACAGAGAGCAUCCUGCACUUCGCUGGCUAUAACAGACAGAGCACCACACUGGGGUCCACUCAGCUGACUGAGCGGCCGGCCUGUGUGAAGAAGGAUUACUCUAACUUCAUGGCCUCUCUCAACCUCAGGAACAGAUAUGCUGGAGAGGUGUCAGGAAUGAUCAACUUUGCCCAAGCAGUCAGAGGACAGUCUGAUCUUGGCCGUCUGAUGAUCAAACAGAUGGGAGAAGCUCUUGACUCUGCUCAGCCUGAAGCCUUCACUGAGGCCAUGUUCAAACUAGCCGCUCUGCUCAUCAGCACCAAAGACUGUGAUCCUCAGCUGCUGCACCACCUCUGCUGGUCUCCUCUGAAGAUGUUCACCGCUCACGGCAUGGAGACCGCCAUCGCCUGCUGGGAGUGGCUGCUGGCAGCCCGUGUUGGGAUUGAAGUACCGUUCAUGCGGGAGAUGGCGGGAGCAUGGCAGAUGACCGUGGAGCUGAAGAUGGGCUUGUUCUCAGACGCUCAGGUGGAGGCCGAUCCUCUGGCUGCAUCAGAGGAGAGUCAGCCUGUCCCCUGCCCUCCAGACGUUACCCCACACCAAAUAUGGAUCGAGUUCCUGGUCCAGAGGUUUGAGAUAGCCAAGUAUUCCAGUGCAGAUCAGGUGGAGAUCUUUGGCAGUUUGCUUCAACGCUCGCUCUCCCUGAACGUCGGUGGAGCUAAGAGUAGUCUCAACAGACAUGUGGCUGCAAUUGGACCUCGAUUCAGGCUGCUGACUCUGGGUCUGGCUCUGCUUCACUCAGACGUUCUCACCAAUGCAACUGUGAGAAAUGUGCUUCGAGAGAAGAUCUACUCUACAGCAUUUGAUUACUUCAGCGUGGCUCCAAAGUUUCCCACCCAGGGCGACAAGAAUCUCCGCGAAGACAUCUGCAUCAUGAUCCGCUUCUACGCCAGCAUCCUGUCCGACAAGAAGUACCUGGCAGCGUGCCACUUGGUCCCACCUGGUGAGCUUGGUACAACCCCAGCCCCGAGCACGCUCUCUGCCGGGAUAUUUGGAUCGCUUAUCGUGUCCAGCACUACUCCAAUAUCGAUAUUAAAUAAUCAGGACCCAUCCUUGAACAGUCUGUCAGUGAUGAACGCUGCGGACCUUAGGAGCAGCAUCGACUCCAGCUCUCGCUCUCAGCAGAGCGGUCAGGGAUGGAUCAACACUUACCCACUGUCCAGUGGCAUGUCCACGGCAUCUAAGAAAUCAGGACAAUCUAAGAAGAGUAAUAGAGGGACGCAGCUCCACAAAUAUUACAUGAAGCGAAGGACUCUGCUGCUAGCCUUACUGGCCAGUGAGAUUGAACGUUUGACAACGUGGUACAACCCGCUGUCCACUCAGGAGCUGGCUAUCUCCACCGAGCAGUCAGUGGAGACCAGCAUCGCCAACUGGAGGUCCAAAUACAUCAGCCUGACUGAGAAACAGUGGAAGGAUAACGUCAACCUUGCCUGGGGCAUCGCUCCCUACCUGGCUAUGCAGCUACCUACAAGGUUUAAAAACGAUGCCAUUGUGGCUGAAGUGACCCGACUAGUGAGAUUAGACCCCGGAGCUGUCAGUGACGUUCCUGAGGCCGUCAAGUUCCUGGUGACCUGGCACACAAUUGACGCCGACUCUCCUGAGCUGAGUCAUAUCCUGUGCUGGGCUCCAGCAGACCCACCCACCGGUCUGUCCUACUUCAGCAGCAUGUACCCACCUCAUCCUCUCACUGCUCAGUACGGGGUCAAAGUGCUGCGCUCCUUCCCUCCAGAUGCCAUCUUGUUCUACAUCCCUCAGAUCGUUCAGGCUCUCCGUUAUGAUAAGAUGGGUUAUGUGAGAGAGUACAUCCUGUGGGCGGCCCAGAAGUCUCAGCUUCUCGCUCACCAGUUCAUCUGGAACAUGAAGACCAACAUCUUCAUGGAUGAGGAGGGACACACCAAAGAUCCUGACAUUGGCGAGCUGCUGGAGCAGAUGGUCGAGGAGAUCACCGGCUCUCUGUCGGGUCCGGCCAAAGAUUUCUACCAGAGAGAGUUCGACUUCUUCAACAAGAUCACCAACGUGUCUGCCAUCAUCAAGCCGGUUCCAAAGGGAGAGGAGAGGAAACGGGCGUGUCUCAAAGCUCUGUCAGAUAUCAAAGUCCAGUCAGGCUGCUACCUACCGAGUAACCCUGAAGCCAUCGUGCUGGACAUUGACUAUAAGUCUGGAACGCCCAUGCAGAGCGCUGCUAAGGCGCCCUACCUCGCCAAGUUUAAAGUGAAGCGUUGCGGAGUGAGCGAGCUGGAGAGGGAGGGUCUCCGUGCCCCCUCAGACUCUCUGGAGGAUGGAGAGGAGAAUCCAGAUGGAUCACGCCGGGUCUGCUGGCAGGCGGCCAUCUUUAAAGUUGGAGACGACUGCAGACAGGAUAUGCUCGCUCUGCAGAUCAUCGGGCUCUUUAAGAACAUUUUCCAGCUGGUUGGCCUCGAUCUGUUCGUCUUCCCCUACAGAGUGGUAGCAACUGCACCGGGGUGUGGUGUGAUUGAGUGCAUCCCAGACUGUAAGUCUAGAGACCAGCUCGGCAGACAGACCGACUUCGGGAUGUACGAUUAUUUCCGUAAUCAGUACGGGGACGAAUCCACCCUCGCCUUCCAGAAGGCUCGGUAUAACUUCAUCCGCAGCAUGGCCGCCUACAGCCUCCUGCUCUUCCUGCUGCAAAUUAAAGAUAGACACAACGGAAACAUCAUGCUGGACAGCAAAGGACACCUCAUACACAUAGACUUUGGCUUCAUGUUCGAGAGCUCUCCUGGAGGAAACCUGGGCUGGGAGCCGGACAUCAAGCUGACGGAUGAGAUGGUGAUGAUCAUGGGAGGAAAGAUGGAGGCCACGCCGUUCAAGUGGUUCAUGGAGAUGUGUGUCAGAGGAUACCUGGCUGUGCGACCGUACAUGGAUGCGGUCGUUUCUCUGGUCACUCUCAUGCUGGAUACUGGACUGCCCUGCUUCAGAGGACAAACCAUCAAACUCCUUAAAGGACGGUUUAAUCCUCAAAUGAGCGAGAAGGAAGCCGCAGCAUUCAUUAUCAAAGUCAUCCAAAGCUGCUUCCUCAGUAGCAGGAGUAAAACGUACGACAUGCUACAGUAUUACCAGAACCAAAUCCCGUACUAGAAGUCGUCAGCUGGACCUCCACUGUACGCCGAACAUCAACAACUCUACACAAGCAAUGCAUCGCGCUACUUUGGCUGAUUUCAAUCAAGAGACUUCACUAAAAACAUCCUCAUGGCACUUUGGUCCUUUAGCUCUGAUCUCAUUCUGCUUUCUGUAAGUUGUGAUUUUAUACCGUACAGCUUCGUUAGUUUAACUUGAAGAUUAACUGAGAGGUAUUUCAAUCACCCUUUAAGUAUUUCCUUCAUGAUGCUGUCUAACCCCGAGCUGAAGACGGCCGUGAAGGGAGCCAUAAUUCCAGAGUUUGUCGAGCAGCUGUUUUCAUCAUUGUGUUACUAUGCUGUUAUCCACUUUAAUGCACUUUAUAGAUGAAAAGUAUUUCACUAUCUUCACCUGAAGAGCUUAUACAGAGAUUAUACGUGACAUUUAGAGAGAAAAAUAAUCUGUAGUUGAAUAAUUCAAUCAAUAAACUACCAGUAUUUUUGAUUUAGAUCAGAAAUCAAUGCAGGAAUCAAUCAUUGCUCUAACUGUAGUCUGUAGGAAUGUAAAGGUAUCAAACAUAGUCAUGCUGUAGUUUUUAUUGUACAAUAUUAACUGUAGACUCGCUCAGAUCACAGGAUGUUUCUGUGAUUCAUGUAGGAAUAAUAGGGUUAAAUGUGAAGAACAUAUUUAUCAGAAACUCCAAGCUUUGAAGCUUACAGUCAUUUCAUACCUCUUCAUGUCAACUUUAAAACGGAUUUUAGGGUAUUUUUCUCCGCUACAUGCAUUUAAAAACCUGGAUGUGAAAUCUGAAGACCUAAAGUGGUGUUAAGGUUCUGCUUUUAUUUCAGCUACUUUUUUUUAAACUAGAUUUUGUUGUGUGUGAGGUGUCGAGUAUGAGAUACUGGAUUACUGGUUUUAUUUUUUAUCGCUUCCUUUAAUGAUGUUUGCUGAAGGGUUUACAGAAGUUUUCAGAGUAAAGACGAACUAGAAACUUCUUCUCAUGUGGGUUCACAGGAAGCCAGAUUUGGAGAUCUUAGAUUGAUAUGGAAAUAUUUAACCUGGGGUUUAGGGCUGUCACAUACUAGAGUUGAAAAAGACCAUAGCAUUCUAGUGAAAAUCCAACAAUCAUGAUGCCUUUUUCAUCACUGCUGCAACAAAAAUCUAAGUCUUAGGCAAAAGAAAGUUAGCUAUUUUUGUUUUUAAUUUCCUAAAAUGUGUGGCCAAUCUCUUACACACUAUCUUAGCUGCAGAACAAUGUUGGUCAGCAUCGAAACAUUUCAAAACUACUCGUGCAAAUCAGUCAGCAGCUGGCUCAAAAUGACUGAAGAUAUGCAGGUUUUUUAGGUGUUUGUACUUUUCAAUACUAAUACAAUAAAAGAUCAUAAUAAAACAAUAAUUUAUCAUUUAAAAACAUGAAAUAUUGCAAAAUAACAAUUUUUACAAUGAGACUGAAGUUUUGAGGCUCCUUUAGAGCCUCAUUUUUCAGACACAUCUUCCUUUUUUAUUCUUAUACUUUACUCCUACCUCCCCGCCUCUCGCUCAGUGACAGCUUGGAUCGACUCCAGCCCCUCUGCGACCCCCAAUGGGAUAAGCAGUAUAGAAAAUGGAUGAAUGGAUGGACUUUACUCCUAUAGAAGUCUGUUUUUUAAGCCUAUUUGGUGAAUCACCCUGCAAACACCACGUCAAUUAACUAUAAGAAACACAAACGUCUAAUAUAGACUGGAUGUAAGCAUUGAAAUAAAAGUGGACAGUCUUUAAAGGUCACAUAUUAUACAAAAAUCACUUUAUCAGGCUUUGGUAACAAAAAUAUGUCCCAAUGUCCUGUCCACAAUCCCCCCAGGAAUCAGAAAAAUCCAUUCCCUCCCUCCCGCUCUUU